CGCGACAAGUGGGUAAAGCUUUGAACUCUUUGAACCUUUGAAAAUUGGACCCUUAAAGUACAGUACAUUGAAGGUGACAGGGUGUAACCAAUUUUCCUAUCUCUCCGGCGCCAACGUACUGACCAGGACAGCAUUCCAGCUCGGUUACUUGAGAAAAGGGUCUAACCGGUCUUGAAUUCACAUCCAGGCUUCCAACCCACGGAAUUCCCCAGAAAUGUCGUUCAAAGGCAUCCCUCGGCCCACCCGCACCGAAGACGAAGACGACCUCCUCCGCCUCCAAAGCGUCUUUGCCGAAGCGGCCGCCUCCUCCACUCCCGCCGCAAAAGUACAGAGGCGGUCACAGGCGAACGGGAAUGCAAUUUCUGUUCCGUCCGUUGCGCCCUUGAGCGCGAGGAAGAAAUGGGAGGUGCCGGUGGGUGGUGAGAAGGGUGCUGAGGAGCGUGAGGAGGAAGGAGCACCGAAGAAGAAGAAAUCGUUGUUUGCUGAACGACGGGCGCAGCGGAAGGCGGCGGAAGAGACCGCAGCGCCCGUUGAGGACUCGGCACCAGAAUCAGACUCGAGAUUCCCAACCCGUCCCAUCGAAUCAGCAGAUCAAGGCCUCGACCGGAUCCUCUCCGACAUUGUCGAGCGAGAAUCCUCCGCGCCGACCGCACCCGUCUUAUCUACCUUCGCGUCUCCCACCACAGGUUUUCCUCAAGUCCUACACCGCCAGCAACGGGAAAGCCGACCCAAAAGGGAAACGACAAUCAAAGCAGCUGUGGUGGAUGAUGACGGUGCGGGAAAGGAUGGCGAUGCGAAGGGGAUACAUGAGGAGAAUGUGAAGGUCAUUGAGGGCAUGUCGGAGCGGGAGAUUGAGGAGGCAAGGGAGGAGAUCAUGGCCAAGUUGGAUCCCGGGCUUAUUGCGUUCUUGAAAGCGAGGCGGGGGAAGAAGGGUGAUGGAGAAGGGAUGCGCUCGGAGAGUGGGGAUAAGAAAGAAAUGCACGUGCCGGCGAUGCUGGAGAAGAACAGCUCGGGGAAGCAUGUAUCUUUUUCGGAUGAUAUCGACGAGAAGGCAAAGCCAUCGACCGUAGCGACAAGCGAAGGUCCGCAGGGUGAACAUCCCGCGUGGAUCCCAGCUGACAAGCUGGAAGUUGGUAAACUGCAAUGGAUGCUCGACUCGACGUCCGAUACGGCAACCUCUGCAUUGACCAGCCAAAGCACCACGUCCGAAAUUCGAUUCGACCUUUCCGGCCGAAUCAUCGCAGCAGAUUCCAACAUCCCACACCAUCUCGGUCUUCACCAUCACGGCGACGCACCCGAACGGGCAGGAUACACAUUGGACGAGAUGCUAACCCUCGCUCGAAGCACGGCGCCAUCUCAGCGCGCACCUGCCCUACGCAUGCUGGGCGCAGUGAUUGCGAACAUCUACAAUUGCACCUACGACCCAGACCCUCUGUGGACUAUAUCCGGCCUGCUCCUUAGUAAGGACUAUCUCAUCAUUCUCCGCGCAGGACUCGACGACUCGCACGAUACCGUGAUUGCGAGCUCAUUAGCAGGCAUUGCUGCCGUAUUAGGCUGCGGCUCUUUGACCGACGACGGCGAAGAACACCUCUGGGACCGCCUAGCCCUCUCCUCAGUCGGCCACCGCACCCACGCCAUCUCCGUCGCGCAACAACGCCACUUCGCCCAACGCGCCACCGGCCGACCCAGCGACCCCUCCGACGCGAUCGAAAACGAUGGGUCUCUGCACGCCAUCAUGCAGCUCAUGCGCUUCGAUGCCCUCACCGGCCUGAUACACACCCACCUGCUUGUGCGGCUGACGUACCUCCUCCAGUCGCGUCUGCUGUCCCCCGCCGCGCGAAACGAUAUCCUCGCCAUCCUGAUCCGCGUGUGUCGACACUCGCGAACAGCGGCGGCGGAUGUGGCCGAAUGCGAGGGUCUGAUCAGUUACAUCCACGCCCACUUUCUCUGUCAAUCGUGGCCGGGCACCGAUGUCGAUAGCGAAAUCCUCCGCGUUAACGCGUUGAAGAUCGUGCGGCUAUUAUGUCAGAGCGGCCGCGACGUUGCGGAGAGUCUUGUCCAGCAUGGGAUCGUGCAGGACGCGCUGCGGUAUAUUGUUGCGGAUGUGGGGGAGAUGCAGGGGAGGGAGAUGCAGGCGAUGGGGUGGCGGGUGCAGACGGAGGUGUGGUUGUUGUUGACGGGGUUGUUUGCGAUGCGGGUGAACGCGGCGGUGUUUGAUGCGUACCGCGGCGCGUUGUUUGAUCGGGCCAGGGACAUGUUCUCACGAGUGGGGCGGGAGGGAGAUGAAGACGUGAAAACAGCCGCGAUGGCGUUUACGCGCAUGAUUAGCGUGCUGUUUACGUCGUUUGGACAGAUGUUGGAUGUCGGCGGCGCGGAUGAUGCAUUGAGACCUUUUGCGGAGGUUGUUGUGGACGCUUAUGAGCAAAUUGGAGGGGUUGAGGAUGACUUGCUGUUUGCGAGCAUGGCGGAUUUUUUGGCCGCGUAUUUGAGGAGGUUGGGCGAGCUCGCGCCGGGAAAAUUGGAGCCUUUCAAAGUGGCGUUGGACAAGAUCAGCCAGAAGCAGACGUCUUCAGAUCCGCUUGCAUCCACGCUCAGUCGUCUGGCAAUGUUGAUCGACCGAUUGGCGGAGCGAACGACCUUAGCCUCAAGCCGAACGUCUCAUCUACACUUUAUAGGGCUACGCAACGGCCGCCGUGUAGUACUGGCGGAAACGCUGGUCGACAUCAACGUACUUCUAGACGCACUCACCGCCCGACUGCGUCUCACCCUCGCUGUCAAGAGUAGCGGUUCAAAGCGCCCUGAGGGAGUCAUCGACGCGUCCACACUCCUUCACCGCAUCUUCCUCGCCCUGCGACCUCACGUCCCGCACGCCGAUCCAAUCCGCUGCUUCCUGCCCGCCUGGCCGCACCUUCUCUUUGAAUACAUCUCCGCCUCCAAACCCCUCCAGCAAAGCGAUAAAGACAAAAAAGCCGACGACGCAGCCCGCAUCACACGCUGCUCAAUCGCCCUGGCCGCGCUACCAACCCUUUUACCCGGCGACGAAUACAUCGCCGGCAAACUCCUCAACACCCACAUCCUGCACCGCGACACGCUGGCCGCCCUGUACCGCCGCGCCUCCUCCUCCUCCGCGCACGCAGACUCGCCCGCUAUGCGCCGCCUACAGGACAUGCUCGACUAUCAAUUCUACUCCGACGCCUCCCUGCUUCGUUCCGAGGGCGUGUACGCGCGCAAUUCCCGCGUGGCUGAAACCUUACUCAUGGAAGCCGAGCCCGCCGACGUCAGCCUCCCCCUCCGCAUGGACUGGAUGUUCUCCAUCUUCGAAACGCUGUUAAGCGAAUCGCAGAAAUACGCGCAUCUGAUGACGCAGGCGCGGAAAACGGGGGGCAGGGUGAGGGAGGAUGCGGAUGAUGUUGUCGCGGAGUGUUUGCGGUUGAUUCAGGUCGUGGAGGGUGUGGUUGAUAAGCGGUGGUAUGCGGACCAUCUCCCGAACACGGUCAAGCUCGCACGGUUGAUGUGUGUGUUUUUGCUGCCAAGUGCGAGGGAGGGCGACGAGUUGUUUGCGAGGGAGGAAGUGGAUGCCAUGUUGAACGACGCACUGUAUCGAUACACGGAGCAGUCAUCACCUGAGGGUAGCACAUCGACAUCGACAUCACAACAGACACUGGAAACAGCCCUAGGCGGCCGCGCGCGCUUCUACCACCUCUACACGGCCCUGCUCACCCACUUUGCCGCCGUCUCGUACGGCAACGCGACGUUCGCGCACUACCUCCUGCUUCCGCUCUCCAUGUCCUACCCGGCGGACUACCGCCUACUCUUCUGCAACGAAUUGUUCGAGCUGCUGCGGUUGUUCACGAUCGCUACGCCUGAUGUUCGAUGCGUCGGUGGUCAAUCUGUCAGUAAUGCGUAUUGGGGCACUGUGGAGACGGAUGAAGCGGUGCUUGGGUGGUAUGUACGUGCCGUGGCAGAGGGGAAGGUGACGAAGGACGGGACGCCGUUUCUGUGGGAUGUGGCUGUUGGGCAGCUUUGUAAGGUUCUGUUGAGUGGCGACGAGGGUGAGGUGGAGAAGACGAGGAGGAAUGUUGCGAGGAGGAUGAAGGGGCUUUUGGGAGAAGGCGUGGAUGAGGUGUUGAGGUGGGGUGGGGUUAGGGAAGACGGCGUGAGGAAUGAUGGCGUAUCUGCGGAAGUUUUUGAGGAGAGGAAACGGGCGUUUGGGCGGCUUGUGUCUUCGGCGUAGUGAAUUAUCGACCUAGACCGUAGCUUCAUUCACAUUUAGCUAUUUGUUUGUGUCUUCCACUAAUCAUCGGCGAUUGCUAUGCAUGUACUGUAUAUAUUAAAUCCUGUCUGCUUUCGUGGUCUUAUUGCAGUUGAAAGAACGGGAGGAAACCCCCACUGAAAUCUGAUUGCAUCCCGUGACCUCUCGCUUGAAUUUAUUUCUGGUUGU